AUGACAUUGAAUCAAGACGUAGCUCUGUCCAGCAAGGACACUGUCUCUAUCGAUAAAGAUAUGGGCGCUGUGGCCAUUACGGAUGUUCCAAGCCCCGCAAGCCUCCAAACAUUCGAUUCCGAUGAGCUUUUUCUUCACUCAUGGCGUCUGGCGGCUGUCAUUGGGUCUUUAUGCUUGGGAAUCUUUCUUCUAGCAUUGGAUAUGAAUAUUAUUGCUGUUGCAAUUCCCAGAAUUACAUCUGAUUUUCAUGCAUUGAAUGAUGUGGCCUGGUAUGGUUCGGCAUAUCUUCUUACCGUUACAGCAUUCCAACCUUUGUUUGGUAACCUGUACAAAUACUUCGAUCCUAAGAUCGUUUACAUGGGAUCAAUAGCUUUAUUUGAAUUGUGUUCUAUAUUAUGUGCGGCAGCCCCUUCCUCCAGUGUUCUCAUCGGAGGCCGAUCUGUUCUUGGUUUCGGUGCAGCGGGAAUCUAUCAAGGAAGUUUGGCCAUCGUCAACUUUGUGGUUGAACUCGAAAAGAGGCCUAUGUACCAAGGCAUAGUCAUCAGCUCUUUUGCUAUUAGCGUGUGUAUUGGCCCUGUGCUCGGUGGGGUCUUCACUGAUAAAGCCUCCUGGAGAUGGUGCUUUUGGAUUAACGUACCUAUGGGCGCUGUUGUACUUGUUUUUAUCGUACUAUUCUUUCGAAUCAAAGGCGUACGAAAUUCGAACCGUGCCUUAGAUCUUCCAACAAAAUUGAAACGUAUGGAUAUUGGCGGAGUCCUACUAUUUCUCGGAGCCAUAUAUUGCCUUCUUCUAGCAUUGCAAUGGGGUGGGCAGACUGUGCCAUGGAAAUCAUCCAAAGUUAUUGGUCUAUUCAUUGGCUUUGGCUUACUCAUGAUAUCCUUCGGCAUCCUACAAUGGAAACGAGGCGAACAUGCCACAAUUCCCUUGCGUAUUCUUCGACAAAGAUCAAUUCUCAUGGGCAGCAUAUUCCUCAUGACAUUUGGCAUGAUGAGCUUUGUUUAUGCCUAUUAUCUACCCAUUUACUUCCAAUCCAUCCAAGGUGUUACAGCAAUCCAAAGUGGUACCCGAUUCAUCGCGAUAGUCCUUCCUCAAAUCAUUGGCCUGUCACUUACUGGAGUUGUGGUUACAAAAUGGGGAUACUACGUUCCAUAUAUGAUUCUUGGAACGAUUAUCGCAAUGGUCGGUGCCGGCCUCCUUACUACGAUUGAUACCAACACAUCCACGGUCAAAUGGGCUGCAUACAUGGUAAUCAAUGGAUGGGGAACUGGAAUGGCACAGCAGCUUCCAUAUACCGCACUGCAAAUUGUUUUGAGUGAAGAAGACGCUCCUACUGGAAAUGCCAUUGCGGUAUUCAUGUAUCAGAUUGGUUCUUCCGUCUCUGUCUCCAUCGCACAAUCUCUCUUUCUGUCAAGACUACAAACCAGCGUACCAGCUCAUACCACUGCUGUAUCAGCAGAAGCAGUUAUUAAAGUUGGCGCCAGUGGCUUACAGGAUUUAGCCGGUGGCUCGGAGAUUGUGUUGACUGCCUUGAGAGAAGCAUACACCAUUGCUAUUAGAGAUGCAAUGUAUUACGCUUUGGCGGCAGCAUGUUUGUCUUUGCCAUUUGCUUGCGGAAUGCAAUGGUUCAACCUCAAAAAGGUCGCAGAGGAGAGAAGAAGAGAAAAGGACGAGGGGAAGUCAGUUGGGCUAGAAAACUCGAACAUGAUGAACAGUGUCAUUGGUUCUGAGAAAGUUUGA